UGGUGUUAAUUGUUAUUGGUUUGGUGCACAAUAUUUCAGUAUUCUGAAUAAAUUCAGUGUUUAAUUGAUAAAUAAUCUCCAAGGAAAUAGAUAUAUAUUUAAUAUCUAACUCUUCGAUCUUUUUACCAUUCAUAAAAAAAUAAAACAGUAAAAAUUAAGGCUCUGUACAAUUUAAUAAUGUCUCUUACUAAAAGAAAACGUUCCGUGGAAAAUGAGGAAUUGCUAGAGAACGGUGAUUCUGUGCCUGCCGGCCGUAGCAAUAUAAAAGGCGAUGAAUUAAAUAUUGCAGUAUUAUUAUUUUUGUACACACUGCAAGGGAUUCCCCUAGGAUUGGCCGGCGCUAUUCCGAUGUUGCUACAGAACAGAGGAAUAACAUAUACACAGCAGGCUGAGUUCAGUUUAGCUUUUUGGCCAUUCAGUGUAAAAUUGCUGUGGGCUCCUAUAGUGGAUGCUAUAUUCUUGCCAAACUUUGGAAGACGUAAAACUUGGUUGGUACCUGUACAGUAUUUGAUAGGCAUAUUCAUGAUAAUUAUGUCCUAUUGUAUCAUGGACUGGCUGGGAUCAAAAGAUGAGGCUCCUUCAAUGACAAUACUCACAAUAUCAUUUUUGAUACUGAACUUCUUGGCUGCAACUCAAGAUAUAGCUGUAGAUGGCUGGGCAUUAACAAUGUUGAAAAGAUGUAAUGUUGGUCACGCUUCAACUUGUAAUACAGUUGGACAGACUGCUGGGUACUUCUUGGGCUAUGUACUGUUCCUCGCUCUUGAGUCUCCGUAUUUCUGCAACAAAUAUCUACGGGUAGUGCCCGAAGACACAGGAAUAGUGACACUAUCUAGCUUCCUCCUAUUCUGGGGAUGGAUAUUUAUUCUAGCAACUACUUUAGUGGCAGUUUUCAAACAUGAAAACAAUGAUGUCGCCGACUCCCGAGAAAGUGAUGUUAAAGGUGUCAAGGAUAUAGUUAAUGCCUACAAACAGUUGUUGAAAAUUGUAAAACUGCCGGCUGUGAGGACAUUAGCGUUAGUCCUGUUUACUGCUAAGAUUGGUUUCUGCGCUAGUGAUGCUGUAUCAGGCUUAAAACUUGUAGAAGCAGGUGUGCCGAGGGAGGACCUAGCGUUAUUAGCGGUACCAUUAGUUCCUGUACAAAUCAUCAUGCCUGUGAUCCUGGCCAAACACACGACGGGUCCGGCGCCGCUAUCUCUAUGGCUGCGAGCGUUCCCCCUGCGCCUGCUAGUGGGUCCGCUAGCCGCGAUACUGGUAGCUCUGACCCCGUCGUUACUGGGUGACACUGGACCGUCAUACUUCUAUCUGCUUAUUCUCAUGGCUAUGUAUAUCUUCCAUCAGACUUGCCUGUACUGCAUGUUUGUCGCUGUGAUGGCUUUCUUCGCCAAAGUAUCAGAUCCUACUGUUGGCGGUACAUACAUGACGCUGUUAAACACAGUGUCAAACCUUGGCACGAAUUGGCCAAGCACCAUCGCGCUAUGGGCCAUAGACCAUCUCACUUACAAGAAGUGCUCCGCCCCAGAACUCACAGAUAACACUUGCUCGUCCCCACUGGAAAGUGAUCUCUGCAAAGCCAACAAUGGUAGUUGCAUAACGCGCAUAGACGGGUACUACAUUGAAACAGUCAUAUGUUUGAUUGUGGGAUUCUUAUGGCUGCAGUGGGGACGGAAAACCAUCAACCGACUACAGAGGCUCCCGUCUUCGGCGUGGCAGAUGAGCAGAUACAACAGAUAAGACUGACCAGAGACAAUAUUCGUUUUUUUACGCAUAAAGCAAACGCACAAGGAAGUUACGAUGGAAAGAUCAUUCUAAUUUGAUGAAAUGAUUAUUAUUCUAUAUUAUAUAGUAGACAAUUGAAAGAUACGCUAUCGCGUCGCGUCAGUCUGGGUUAAAAUUAACCGUGGAUUAAAUCACUCUCAUUCUUGGUACAAUUUAUGAAAAAGAAGGCAUGAUAUUUUGAAGAACGAACGAGGCAAUACGUUCGAGUUUCGAAAGUGGUAUUUUUUUUUCUAUAAAAUUCUCGAAUGAUAACAAAGAUAUUUUAGAAAUCAUAAAGUUAGAAUGACCUAACUAAGAGCCUUGCUUUUUGCGGUUUCUCUAGAAAAUUCUUGUAUAUAUUUGUUUAGUAAUUUAAAGAUUGUUUAGUUUACUGGGAUUUGGGUAUGAAUUAACAUUACCUUAGGAAUAAAUAUUAAUAAUUAAUUGAAAGAAAAAUUAGGAAAUAACAAAUUAAUUUGUGGUAAAACCACAGGGAUUGGCAUUAAUUGGUCAAUCAAUUUUUUGGGUGCUAUCAUCAACCUAUUAACAGACUAUUUUGUAUUGACUACUAUAAUUGGUAUGACGCCUAAGCCCCAUAAAUACCUAAUAGAAGUUGCUAAAUACGACUUAAGUCCGGUCGCGUAUUACGUAGAAAAUAUUUCUACCUUAAAUCCGUGAGUGAGACAAGUAAAAUGAUGGAGAAAUUUGGCCAUUGAUCUAUCGCUUCUUUCACACACAAAUAGAUUGCCAUAGCAAAUAGAUAUCUUUCCUACGUGUACGCGAUUUGAGUGUGAUAGUGUGCGCAGCUGAAAGAGAACUGGCGAUAGAUCGGUGGACGUAGUUCUACCUUCGUGGUGACCGGGCCGUAACAAAAGAUCGACGUAAGAAUUUCGACGAGCUCCACCACCACACUAUAACAAAAUUAAUAAAUAAUUUAUUUAUAUGUAUAGAUUAAUAAUAACUCUAAAAUGAAAUUUUCCACUUGACCGAGUGUUAUUAGAUGUAAUUCUCUAUGUGUUAAGCCAUGAUGGACAAAUGCAUAUUCCAAUAUCUAUAAUUGCCCAUAAUAAUCGAUGCCAAUAUAGCUGACAGGAGUUCCCAAUAUUUUUCAGCCUGCGGCGCAGUUACACGUUGCAAUAUUUUGUCACAGCCCCCUACUCUACUUAUCUAUUAGAAAAAGAUACAUAAAUAAACACCUUAUAGACCGGUUAA